GAGAAGGGCUGAGCUGCGACACUCAGUCACAGUCACAGAGAGGCAGAGGUGUGAGUGAGUUAGGCAGAGGAAGAAAGGGAGACUUGGAAAGUAAUAGCAGGUUUUCUGUUUCAUUUUGGUUGAAAGUGGGAAAGAGAUUACAACAUAUCCGGCAGUGAGAAAAGAAAGGGAGAGAACCCUAUAAUUUCUUUUUUAGAGGGGUUUGUCAUACUUCUCCACCCGAAUAAAGCAGUCUCUCUGAGUGCAGUUUCAGGGACACUGAGGACCAGGGGUUGCAAUGAUAAGGAUUUUGGUAACUUGCGUCUCCAUGGUGUCCAUCACCGCGAUGGUGGCUGGUGGUCGUGGUGGAUACGGAAUGAGUAUGUUCGCGGCUCAAUCCUCUCCCCCGGACCCUUGUUACGACGAGAACGGCAACCCCAGACGCUGCAUCCCCGACUUUGUGAACUCCGCGUUCGGGAAGGACGUGCGCGUGUCCAGCACCUGCGGCACCCCGGCGUCGCGGUACUGCGUGGUGACCGAGAAGGGCGAGGAAAGAUCGAGGGACUGCAACAUCUGCGACGCCACGGACCCCAAGAAGACCCAUCCACCUGCGUAUCUCACAGACCUCAACAACCCUCACAACCUCACCUGUUGGCAAUCGGAGAACUACCUGCAAUACCCCCAAAAUGUGACCCUGACGCUGUCCCUGGGGAAGAAGUUCGAGGUGACCUACGUGAGCCUCCAGUUCUGCUCUCCUCGUCCUGAAUCCAUGGCCAUCCUCAAGUCCAUGGAUUAUGGGAAGACCUGGGUGCCCUUUCAGUUCUACUCAACCCAGUGCAAGAAAAUGUACAACAAGCCGAGCAAAGCUGCGAUCACCAAGCAGAACGAGCAGGAAGCGAUCUGCACGGACUCUCACACGGACAUGCAGCCGUUAACAGGUGGGCUCAUCGCGUUCAGCACGCUGGAUGGCAGACCUUCCGCGCAUGACUUCGACAACUCUCCCGUCCUGCAGGACUGGGUCACGGCCACCGAUAUCAAAGUGAUCUUCAACCGGCUGCACACGUUCGGGGAUGAGAAUGAGGAUGACUCGGAGCUCGCCAGGGAGUCGUAUUUUUACGCGGUGUCUGACCUGCAGGUCGGCGGUCGCUGCAAGUGUAACGGGCACGCGUCAAAGUGCGUCAAGGACCGGGAAGGGAACCUAGUGUGUGAGUGCAAGCACAACACGGCGGGACCGGAGUGUGACAGGUGUAAGCCGUUCCACUACGACCGGCCGUGGCAGCGCGCGACGGCCAGAGAGGCGAACGAAUGUGUCGCCUGUCACUGUAAUCUUCAUGCCCGUCGCUGCCGCUUCAACAUGGAACUGUAUAAGCUAUCGGGCCGCAGGAGUGGAGGAGUGUGUCUCAACUGCAGACACAACACAGCCGGACGGCACUGCCACUACUGUAAAGAGGGCUACUACAGAGACAUGACCAAGGCCAUCUCACACAGGCGAGCCUGCAAAGCCUGUGAUUGUCACCCGGUCGGUGCAGCUGGUAAGACCUGUAACCAGACGACUGGACAGUGUCCAUGCAAAGAUGGUGUGACUGGCAUCACCUGCAACCGCUGUGCUAAAGGAUACCAGCAAAGCAGAUCACCUAUCGCCCCAUGCAUCAAAAUCCCUGUUGCUGCUCCCACAGCCACCUACAGCAGUUCAGAAGAGCCUACAGACUGUGACUCCCACUGCAAGAGCCCCAAGGGCAAGAUGAAGGUCACCAUGAAAAAAUACUGCAAAAAAGAUUUCGUAGUCCAGGUUCACGUACUAAAAGGAGACAAGGCGGGCGAAUGGUGGAAAUUCACUACCAACAUCAUAUCCGUCUAUAAGCAGGGCGGACACCGCAUUCGCAGAGGAGACCAGCCCCUGUGGGUCCGCGCUAAAGACGUGGCCUGCAAGUGCCACAAAAUUAAACCCGGGAGGAAGUACCUGCUCAUGGGCUCUGACAGCGACGACUCCCGCGGUCAGAGCGGCGUGGUGGCGGACAAGGGCAGCCUGCUCAUCCCGUGGAAGGACCUGUGGGCCCGUCGGCUACGGAAAUUCCAGCAGCGUGACAAGAGGGGCAAGUGCUAGAGGGAUUGAAGAACAGGAGAGAAGGAAAGUAAAAUAAUGACCCGAGCACCUACAAGUCGGAGCAGAUUGAUUGACGAUUGAUCAGAACUGUGGUGAAGGACAACCACUUGUGCAGUUUUGUGCAGCCUUUUUUGUUGUUGUUGUUGUUCCCAUCAAGAUUUUAUUUUUUCAUAUCUUCAAUUUUGCAGAAUUUGCACCUGCUAUUAAGUAUACAUAUAUGUAAAGUCGUUUAUGUGUGAUCCUUUAUGAUUUCUGCCUUUUUCCACAAAUAUAAAAAGAAAACAAGCUACUGAGUCAAUGUAUCUACAUGAACGCUUCACUUCAGAAGAAGGGUGAUGGCGGUCGACGUUUAAAAGCGCAUGCAGUGGGCUCCGAAAGUCUGAAGCAAGAUUUAAAACCUGGAAUUAUACAUAGUUGCAGAAAUGUAAAACAAAGAAGAAUUUAAAUGACAAAAUAUUCAUGAAUCUGGAAAUGUAUUCAAUUAUUUGACCUGUGGUGCACAUUUGACUCAUUGGGAUGAUGUUGCAAUCUCAUUCCCCUACUUUCAAAGAACAUAAAAUAAGUGCAAAAUAAAAGCACUUUCAUGACUUUUGGGCCACACUGUACAGUUUUUAUGAGAAUGCAGCAUACGUGAUUAUGAGGGAACUAUAAAGAUCUGUUAAGCAAACACAUGCCAAAAUUUCAUACUGUAUAACAUCAUUUCCAUUCCUUCCACUCAGAUAGAGAAUCUGUUGACAAUACCUCACUGUUGCUGUUUGGAAGAACUCUGAUUGGUUCAAAACUGCAUGACACCAUUUGGAUUAUUUGGUGCCGUACUUUUGGCCUUUGAUACUUUGAUAACUGUGGUGAUCUUUAAAGUGUGAAGUCUACCUUCUGUUCCAUAACUAGUUGUAGUAUGAGUUUAGACAAAUAGAGUAUGAUUGUUUUAACCACUUUAUGAUUUUUGAUUUGAAAAAAUAAGUGUAUUUUUCAUUACGAACAACAUGUUCUCUCUUUACUGCAGACUCCUAUUAUAUUAUACAGAAUAAAUCUGAGAUUUUCCAGAUAUUGAUAUUGCAAUAAUCACAAAAUUCCCCAAAAGUAGAUUUCAGAGGAAUCAGAGAAGCUCUACUAAAUUUGAGACUUACUGUAAGGUUUAGUGAUACAGGGAUCAAGGAUAUAACAGAACAAUGAACACAAGCCUGAAUGGUCUUCAUGGCUGUGUUGACCAGUGUAUGCAAACGUAAGGUUACCGCGUACCAAAAUAAAUCGGAUAAAAUGACUCUUAUUAUUUAGGGAAACAAACUAUUUUCUGUGUUAUCACUUGUGUGGUACCUUUCUUUGCUCUGGUACUUUACUACAGUGAUAUGCUCUACUGUUUUUGUAUAGUUGUAUAGUUUUCUUCUUUUUUUGUACAAUAUAUUUAGUAGAUUAUAUUCACAUGCAAUUAACCAUUUUUUAUUUUAUGAAUAUUCUGAAAAUAAGAAAAGGAAUUUUAGAUUUUCUUUGUUUACACGAGUUGAUAGUGUAGAGAGAGGGAUGUACUAUGUCUAUGAGACAUGAAAAUACACACACA